AUGCAGGGUCUUGCGGAUGGUCCCGUCAAGACUCACCUGUUCCGACUUGAACUAGAUUCACUAGAACAAGCCAUUUUCAUUGCGGAACAGGAAGACUUCAGUCUGAGACAGGCUCGCGCCAGCUCGACAUCGUAUCGUCAACCGAGACGAUAUGACAACGGAGGUCCAGAGCCGAUGAAACUCUGUUAUGUAGAGAGCGAGAAGGCUCGCUCUACAGACUACAAGAAGUUGCAGAAAUGCAACAGAUGUCAGAAGACAGGACACUACGCUUACGAGUGUAGUGCUCCUCGUCCAGUGUCUCGCAACACUGGGCGUAGUGACCGUCCACCCAUGAGAAAGAGGCAGGAACGAGGGUCCGCUGUUGGUGCAAAGACGCAACAACGGGAUGGACCGUCAAAAAACGGACAGGAUCAGUAG